UCUAAUAGCGGGAAACUCGGCAUUCGUUUCAAAGUUGGCAAAUUUAUUAAAACGGUUUUUAUUGCAAUAAUGUGUGAAGUUGGAAAUUUAAUUGAUUUGACAUGCUGGGAUGGGGAAAAGAAAGAUGAAGAAGCUCAUGACGAAUUGGAACCUAAAACCGAUGCCACAUCUAGUUUUAAGGGACCAUAUGAUCCCUUUGACUGCGUGGAAAAGGAAGCUUGUAUCAAGGCCAUUAAUUUAGAGACACAAGCGGCAAAGCCAGCUGAAGCCACAACGAAUGAACUUGAUCCAGAUCUUAAUAAUGAAAGUCCUCCCGUUGGCAUGCAGGCUGAGGUGGACGGAGCAGUUGGAGGACUCCUUACCCGACAGCGUUCCCUUAAUAGUAGUAACAAUUCAUUUCAAAAGCAUUUGCUCAAGCUGAAGGCAGCCAUUGGUGUUAGUACGCCACAAAAUGGACGAAAAUCUCAAUUUGAAAAGAGAAUUCUCUCCGAUGACCUGCAAAUGCUGUCAGCAGAAUCGCCCCUUAAACUCAUUGACGAUGACCAAGAUGAUACUCUGUCGCGCGCAAAAUUCGAAGCAGAUCUAAAGUUAAUGAGAAUUUCGUCAUUCGACUCUGAUGCCACAACAGUUGCGGCGAAGACAGAAACUCAUCCACAGAUCGAAAAGAGUCCGUCUGUGGGCAAAUUAUUGCAAGAUUUGAAAAAUCUUGUAAAUGACAAAUUGGAUGAACAUCUGAAAAAGGAGUUCAAUGUGAUAAUUGAUUCACUAAGUGCAGCAAUUGGCAGCGCCUGCGAAUUGAAAGGUCAACAGGAUAAUGCGAAAACUCCAACCAAGAGUUUGCCCCAUGUCUACACACGACAGGGAACAUUUGAUCUCGAUUUGGAUAUACAGACACAAGAACGUAGGACAAAGUCCUUAGAUAUUGUGGAGUGCGGAGCAAAAAUGCAAGAAUUACCAGAUGUUAUGACGUCGUCCUCAGCCACAUAUGACUGUGAGCCGGAGGAGAGGGAGCCAGUCAUAGAGUCGCACUCCUUUGAAAAGCCGAAGGAUCCGUAUAUGAGGGAGGUUGUGGACGCUACCCUGGCACUGCAGAUAAAUGAGCUCUUGGAACGCCAUAACCUCACGCAGUCCACAAAAGGCGACUUGAAUGAGCUGUCGACAUCUACUGCUGUUCACAAUGAAACAGUCAAUAACCAACGACCAACUGUGAUUUUAGUUGUUAACAAUCCUUUAACAGGAUCAUUAUCCUCCAUUGGUAGUCAAUUACCAUCAAGCUGUAUGGCAUAUUCGUCUCAUGGCCCGAGCGAAUCCAAAAUAAACCAAAUUUCGGCUCAAACAGAUUCAUCGAGCGGUUCAACGCGUCGCCGAUCGUCCUCUCUUUCAAUUCACGACAAAUUCCAGCACAUGCCGGACAUAUCUGUGAUUAACCAGGGGCAGCAGCAUCACCAGAAAAUGGAAAACAGCCAGAAUAUUGCACCGAAAGAAAGCCAAUUGAAGACACCUUUAACAUCGGACAAGUCGCAAGCCAUGGCUGGAUUUAGACAGCGGCGAAAUUCUUUUUCAAAUUUGUCUGCAUCAACAGCCAACGGGAGCAAAGCAGCAGUUCCUGGCCCAAGAAGUGCGCUGCAAGUGAGCAAUAAUCAAGCCAAACGACACAUCUUUGGUCCUCGCACCUCAAUGGCGGCCCAAUCAACGAUAUCCAAGAGCACGGGACCCAUGAAAGCAGUCAUACCUGUUAAACGCGUUGCUCCCACUUUGAAGACUCCGAAUGUGUCUUCCAUGGACACAUUUGACGAAUCUUCCUACCAAAACCCUAUGAUGACUCCUCACCCGAGGACUGCUCAAAAAGUAUUCUGUACCAGCACACCGAUACCGCAAAUGCGUCAAUCUGGCCAGCAACAGCGUAGAAAUUCGCUAAGACCAUCAGUAGCCAGCAGUAACAGCAACAGCUCGAUGUACUCGACGCCCCAGGUGCGACGCGCCAGCUUCUCGAGGAAAACUGGUGGAGGUUCCGGCUAAAUGGACAUCGAACGAUGAUCAGUAAUUGGUCCCGUGCGACCACCAGCCAGCACGGGACAAUGUCGUGCGAAAGUGAAUAAUUCAAGUUGUUGUUAACCUUGAAGAUAAACUCCAAUGUCGAAAUGACCCACCCUACCCCAGCCCAGGCCAGCCUAUGUGGUUAUUUGGUGGGGCGGUUGGCUAUCUCUUCAUGCUUGACGUCUGUGAGAAGAUAAUGUCAGUUAGCAAAUACGUAAUAUAAUAGAGUUAAUAAGAAUUAUAUAGUCGUUUUUUUUAUAAGAAGAAAUGCAUUUUGAAUUUUGUUAUUAAGUUUUCCUGAAAUUAACCCAUAAAAUGUUAAUAGAAUUUUUUUGUGUCCUCCCUCCUCUCUCUCUUUUUCUCUCUCUCUCUCAUUUUCUCUCUCGCUCUCUUUUAAUGUUAAUUAAUAUUACUUAAUCGUAUUCCAUCCAUAUUAUGUGUUAAAAACAAUCAGAAAGUGAGUUAGCAAGAAGUUAAGACUUUUCCUUUCUGUUUUAUUUCUUUCACACGCUUUUCGGACACACUUUUUCCAGGACUUUGCGUCUGUAAUAUUUGUAUCCUCAUCCAUUCCUAAAACUGAUGCUCAUCUAAAUUGUUAAGAAACGAAAGAAAUGUCUCGUUUUAUUUUUUGCUUACUACCAAUUGAAAUGGCUUAAAGUAAUCAAUAUAUUAUCAUUUUAUGUAGAUAUAUGUCUGAUUUUAUUGUUAAGUUUCGCGCAUUUUUCGUUGACCUCUAAAAUUAAAAUACAUUUUGUGUCGAUGAUGAUUUGAUUGAUUUAAUUGCAGUGAAGAAAAAAAAAACAGAGUAUCAUAUAUAAUAUAUCUAUGUAGCUUGACU